CUGGGCCCGAGGAGGAAGGGCCCAGGCCCGGGAGAGAAGGUGGCUGGCGGAGACUGACCUGGAGGGGCGGGGGCGGCGUGGAGGAGGCGGAGGCCAGAGGUCAGCUCCGCUCCAGCUCCUUUGCCAUGUCUCGUCAGGCGAAGGACGACUUUCUGCGGCACUACACAGUCUCCGACCCUCGAACCCACCCGAAGGGCUACACCGAGUACAAAGUGACCGCGCAGUUCAUCUCAAAGAGGGACCCGGAGGAUGUCAAAGAGGUGGUGGUCUGGAAGCGCUACAGCGACUUCCGGAAGCUGCACGGAGACCUGGCCUACACCCACCGCAACCUCUUCCGCCGCCUGGAGGAGUUUCCUGCCUUCCCCCGCGCCCAGGUGUUUGGCCGGUUUGAAGCCUCAGUGAUCGAGGAGCGGCGGAAGGGGGCUGAGGACCUGCUUCGCUUCACUGUGCACAUCCCCGCGCUCAACAACAGCCCGCAACUCAAGGAGUUCUUCCGGGGUGGGGAGGUGACACGGCCCUCUGAGGCAUCCAGGGACAUGCACAUCCUGCCACCUCCUCUGAUCCCCACGCCACCCCCUGACGAGCCUCGGCUGCAGCCUCGUGAGCCCUGGUUGCCCCAGCCACUCCCAGUGGAGAGGAGGGGCCUCGAGGAGUUGGAGGUGCCAGUGGAUCCUCCACCAUCCAGCCCUGCCCAGGAGGCCCUGGAUCUCCUCUUUAACUGUGGGGGCACCGAGGAGGCGUCCAGUUCCCCCUCCCGAGGCCCUCUCACCGAGGCUGAGCUUGCCCUCUUCGACCCCUUCUCCAAGGAAGAAGGUGCAGGCCCCAGUCCUACUCACAUAGGUGAGCUGACAGCAUUGGAGGCAGAAUCUGAAAGGCCGGACCAGAAACCCUGGGAGCCAGGAGGGCAGGAGGAGGAAGAGGAUGAAGACGGAGGACCUACCCCUGCCUAUCUAAGCCAUGCCACAGAGCUCAUCACCCAGGCCCUACAGGACGAGAAGGCAGGCGCCUACCCUGCAGCUCUGCAGGGCUACCGGGACGGCGUGCACAUCCUGCUUCAGGGAGUGCCUGGUGACCCUUCACCUGCCCGCCGGGAGGGAGUGAAGAAGAAGGCAGCCGAGUAUCUGAAGCGGGCAGAGGAAAUCCUGCACCUGCAUCUGUCCCAGCGCCCAUCCUGAGAGAGGAGUGGACCCUUUCCCAGGACUUGAGCUCCAGCACUGCCAGCCACCCUCUUCUCCUUUCCCUGGUGCCUGGCCUGAUCUCCUGGUCUUGUAACUCUACAGGCCACUUCUAUAUAGAACUGGACCAAGAAUGAGAAAAAUAAUGAAUUCUAAGCUCCCUGAGCACACCUGCCACCUUGGAAUCAGGGACUCACACUUCUGAUCCUGCCUGUCUCUAUCUUGAUAUGUAAGCAGCAGCUCUGGUCCCUAAACUAUUAGUUUAUCGUUCUAGAACCAGGGUCUGCAAACUAUGGCCUGCAGCCAAAUAUGGCAGACUGCCUUUUUUUGUAAGGCCCAUGAGCUAGAAUAGUUUUUACAUUUUUUAAUAGUUGAAGAAAAUCAAAAGAAUAAUAUCUGUGACAGGUGAAAAUUAUAUGAAAAUUAAGUAUCUAAAAAUAAAAAAUUUUUUGGAA